CCCCCGCGGACAGCCCCACGCCUUGUCGAACCUCACGUCCCGGUCCCAAUGACGAGCAGCGACGGAGCAAAAGCAUGAGCACCAUUGAAGCUCUGUUCAUCUUUGAUGAGCACAAGUAAAUCACCCCGCCAACAGUGGACACGCCCGCAGCCGGCUGACACGGCGCAGCACUCCUCUCCUCGAGCACAUCUGCAACGGCCGCCCGGCCUCGAGCAGCACCCUCCUGCCUCUGUACCUCGCACACCCGGCUCCGCGACCGUCGCUGAUAUAUCUCCCGUCCACCAACCCCGCGACGCUGCUCUACUCGCUCGCCCAGGACCAGCUGCUCUUCCUGGCGCCAUGCUCGUCGGACACUGACCCGCUCCAGGUGCUUGAGUUCCUGCACCGCCUGGCCGACGUGCUGGAGGACUACCUCGGCGCGCCGCUGCUCGCGAGCAAGAUCGAGGCCAACUACCAUGUCGUCGCCCAGCUGCUGAACGAGAUGGUCGACGGCGGCAUCAUCAGCUGCACCGAGCCUGAUGCACUGCGCGACCUGGUCGACGCGCCCUCCCUGAUCAAGAGUCUGCUCGGGAACGUUGGACUGCCCAGCACGACGCCGAGCUCCCUCGCGCCUUCGAGCACGCCGUUCUCGCUGGGACGGGGAGGGGGAGGGGGAGGGGGAGGAGGACCGAGUCCGCGCCUGGGGCCGUCCAACACGGCACCGAGCACCUCGCCCGUGCCCUGGCGGCGCGCCAACGUGCGCCACACAAGCAACGAAAUGUACGUCGAUAUUGUGGAAACGCUGGCCGUCACGCUCUCGCCCUCGGGCCGCCCCCUCUCGGCCAUCGCAAGCGGGACCAUCGCCUUCACCGCCAAGGUCUCCGGCGUGCCCGACCUGCUGCUGCACCUGGCCUGUCCGGGCGGCGUCUCGUCCGCCAUCUCGCUCCCCGUGUUCCACCCCUGCGUGCGCCUCGGCCGCUGGACCGCGCGGCCCGGCGAGCUCUCCUUUGUGCCGCCAGACGGCCGCUUCGUGCUGGCCGCCUACGAGGUCGAUCUGCUCGGCCCCGCGGCCCUCGACGCCUUCACAACCGCCGCGAAGCAGACCCUUCCGGCCCUCAACAUCCCCGCCACCGUAUCCGUGACAGCCUCGCUCGGCCCACGCGGCGACGCCUUCCAGGUCCGACUGCAGCUGAACCCGCGCUUCACGGGCAAAUCCUCGGCACCUCCCGCCCCCGCCCGAGGCGGUUUCGGCUCGCGCAUAGCCGCAGGUGCAGGAGCAGCGGGGACAAGCACCGCGCCCGCCAUCGAGGACAUGACAGUGCACAUCCCGCUCCCGGCGUCAGUGGCAAACAUCCUCGACCUGCGCGUCGCGCGCGGCAUGGGCGACGCUUCGUACGCGCCCGGCGCGGCGGGGAUAGAGUGGCGCAUCUCGGCGCGCGAGGUGGCUGUGUUGAUGGCGCAGGACCGCGGCGGCGGCGUGGGGUGCCACGCGCUCCUGUCCGGGACCGUGGUGGGUUCCACCACAGACGAGGAGGGAGUGACGGGGUACGACGACGCCGUGGUAUCGACGACUACCUACGACUACAACGACGACGACGGCGCGGGUUCGUACCAGUCCGCUGCUGCUGCGGGUCCUGCGACUAUGGCUUCACCGCGGAACAGCGACGCGCUGGACGAGAAGAGGCGGACGGCGAACAAGAUGCUCAUGCCGUCCGCGGCCACGGUGUCGUUCAGCGUCAAGGGAUGGCUGCCAAGCGGGCUCAAGGUCGAGAGUCUGAAUCUCGAUGUGAGAAAGAGCCGCGGCCUGGGCGGCGGCGUGACACCGUACAAGGGCGUCAAGUAUCUGUGCGUGUCGCGGAAGGGCGUCGAGUGUCGGUGCUAGCCUGCUCUGCUCUGCUCUGCUCUGCUCUGCUCUGCUCUGCAUGUGAUGAGAGAAUGGCCAUCUCCGACGCUGGCUUCCAACAAACGACACCGUCGCUUGACUUUACCAAUAUCAUUCAGUGCUGAGAGGCUGCGAGAUAAAAGCGGGCAUGGCCGACGUGAGCGGCUCUUGUUAGAUAGACACUACAUAGCCCGACAUCAUCUUCCACCCCACCAAGAUUACCUCAUCCUCACCUCCCCCAUCAAUGCAGCAAAGUCCCCAAAACGCCAGUGAUGCAUGCCGGAUACUGUCCGUCCAGCCGGAUGAAAACAAAGUGGUGACGCCAUGAUGCAUUCGUGAAUCCCCGCUGCUGCCAUUACUCCUCCAUGGUAUCGUUCCCGCCCUCGCGGCCCUUGAGCAGCAUGGCGCGGAAAUCGCUAUUACUCUUCGCCUCACCGUU